AUGGCUCCCCAAAUGUCAUUGUCGCAUUCUGAUGGUGCUCUGAAGAUCCUCGACGUUGAUGAGGAACCAUGUUUCACCUUCUUCGAUUCCUCCUUUAUUGAAACUGGGUUAAGUCUUGAAGAAUUAAGAUGGAAAUUAUAUGAAAAAAGCGUUGUUGUUGGACCACUGCUUUCUGUCGAGGUCUCGAACUCUCCUCCUAUGGCUAUGGAGGCCAAUCCGGUUCGUGUUACCGUCGGUGACGCUGAUCGGCCGUUUUUUCCCUUGCCGUCGGAUGCUGUCGCUCCGGCUGAUUCUAUUCCAUGCGAAGGAGUCGGCCCUCAUCCUCAAUCCGAUCGUCGGUCUUCUCCUAUGAUGGCGGGCCAGGUUUUUUUUUGGGAAAGAUUCCCCUGA